AUGUCAUCGGAUUAAAAGAAAUAGAAAAAAGAGAAAAUAAAAAUAUAACCAAACUAAAAUGUGAAUAUCGAGGAUUACAUUGUGAAUAAUACUCAUAGUAAUUUUUAAGAGUUUUUCGAUUAUAAGAAAGAAUUAUGUGGAUUGCCAACGUACAUCACAAUGAAUAAUGAUUUAGUGUUUGUUGGGAUGGAAUACUCAUACAUUUAUGUUUUCUAAUAAGUAAUUAUUGAGUGAGCAUUUAGGAUAAUGAUUUUAAAUAAGGCUACAAAAUACUCGGAAAGGAUACUCAAAUAUAUAGAGGUUAAGUGAAAAUGAUAUAAAUUUCUAAUGACAACUAAUUAUUAUUGGUGACAUAUUCCAACAAUGAGUUUGUGAUCUUUAGUUUGAAAGUAAAAAUCGCUAUCUAAUUUUAUACAUAAGUCCUUCAAAGAAGUCCUACAACACAGAUACUAACAUCUAAAAUAUGCCUAUAUGGUGCCGUUAUCCAUUAAUUCAGAUCACUUGCUAUAAUUAAGGAAGGAAUAGUAUUACGAAAUUAUGAUUCAUUUGGAAAACAAUUAUUUAUUGAAGGUUCCCUUAGAAAUAAAUAUCAACACAUUAGAGCAAAAGAUAGGGAUUCCUAUUUAUAAAUUUGGCGAACCUUGUGAAAGAUAGAAAAUAAAGGAGAAUAGACAUGCUGUAAAACUUUAGCUUAUUUUUUAGAAAGUUAUUGAAAAUGAUUAUGUGAUGCCUCAAACAUCAAUAAUUCAAGAUGUAUCCAUUAUGGACUCAUGUUACGAAGAAUUUAUCUAAUGCAUGGAUGAUAGAGAUAGUACUGCUUCAUACGGCAGUCAAUUGGAUCAGUCUCCAACCAAAAAAAGGAAAAGCAAUUUUUUGAAAUAAAUAUUUUCUAAUAGCACCAAUUCAAAAUAAGAAUAACCAGAAGAGACAAACGAAUAUGUAAUUAGUACAUAAUUUGUAAGAUAUUGAAUUCUAUUAUUUAAGUAUUUGAUGGCUGUAGGAUUUGUAAACAAAAUUCAAGUAGUAAAAAUAUUUUUUGGUAAUAAAUUAAAUGAGGAGCAAUCAAAAAUCUAGUUAUUAUUGAAUUUUUAAAGACCUGAUGCCUAGAUCUAUAAUAUCGUUUUUAAUUAGCCUCAAGCAAUCGAAGAAUAAAAACCCAGAUGCUCAUGUGCUUGGGGACUAGGAAGUUUUAAGGAAACCAAUAAGAGAUAUGUAUUGUUAAUUAUAAAUUGGGGAUGCAGAGAAUAUUAUGCAUUUAAAGUGAUGUCUAGUGAUUACAAAAUACAAGUCAUUUAAGGAGGUCACUUUUAUAACUCUGUCGAUUUAACCUAGUUGAGAGAAUUUCCAAUGGUAUGUAACUUCAUUACGAAUUCUGUGUUUUUUUCUGUUCUUCAUAAUAAAUAAAAUUAGACAGUAAUGAAAUUAUUGACAACUUCUCAAUUUGAAUUCGGUGUGCCAUUCACUCUUGGCCAAAUUGAGAAGCAUUUCAAUUAAGAGAAGCACAUCUAAACAUUGCAGAGUGGUCAAUACAACCCAAAGUUUUAUACUUUCAUUAGAGAAAACAAGCAGGAAGUGCUUAUUAGUCAAAAUGUGAUGGAUUCAAUUAAUGACGGUUAUCAAAAAUCCAAUGAUAUUGUUUUGAAUUUUAAGUAAUUGCAUCCUAAUUGUAAGAUUUCUGCUUAAAUUUAGUAUAAAUUAUUUAUAAAAAUGAACAGUGCUAUAUUUUGAAUGGAACUGAAUUGUUAUCCAUUCGACUGAAGAAAUGGGAUGAAUUAUUAUAUGAACAGAGUGAUAAUAAUGAAUGGGAGAAGUGUUUUCAGACUGCAGUUGAAAUACACAGAGGUUAUUUGACUUUGUUAUGCAAUAUUCCUGAGAAUGAUGUUCAAAGACAUUUCUGUAUUAAAGAGACAUGCUGUAAAUUAGGAUUGCAAUAUAUGUUGUCACAAUUGCCAAAUAAAUAAUUGAAAAAUAGCUAAUCAGUGUUAACUAUCAUGCAUUUCCUCAUAAGGACUUAGAAUGAGGAAUAUUUAUUUGAAUCAAUUGAAGAUCUCAUGGUUGGGUGUGGUUAUAGAAAUGUGUUUUAUGACUAUCUUCGAGAUUUACUCUAAUAACAUUAAGUGAAUAUUCCAUAUUAGCACUAAUUGAAGGUCUUGAAAAUGUUCACAGAAAUGGACGAUAAGGAAACUUGUACUAAAUUAAUAAUGUCAAUUUAAAAUAUAUAGCGAUAUGAUCCAAAAGGAUUAAUAGAUUUCUGUUUAGAAAAGGAUCUGAUUGAACCCAUGAUGCACAUUUGCUCUUAAAUUAAUGACUUCCUGACACCUUAUUUAAGGAUUAUUACACUACUUAGUAUUCUAUCAAGUAAGAAUUGUUUGACUGAAGAAGAAAACAAGAGCAUCACUACUUUAAGUUUAGAUUAAUGCAAGAUCUGUCUAUUUAGGUACUCUUAUUAAAUAAACAAGUUUCUUGUCUUUCUGUUUCACUGGGCAAAACCAAUCUAAUCCUGAGUCAUUCUUCACUGAUCGCUAAUUCAAAGCAAUGUUUAAGGAUUUAUUCGAAUAUCUAUUUGAUCUUGAAAACAUAUAAAAACUGUUUGAAAUAGAUUACAUCAAAACAUUGGAAGUAUUUCUGUAAGUCUUUUCAGAAAGGAUUCAAGAUAACUUUAAGCAAUUCAUAAAUGAAGGCAAGGAAAUUAACAUCGAAUUAUCAAACAGCUUAAUCAAUGGGUUCUUGCCUGAAAUAUUAAGUAUUAUACCAAUUAACAAUAGUUAUUGAAUAAACCGAUCAUCACUUAAGAAUUUUAUCAAAAAUCUAUGUUUUGAUUAAAAUGGCUGAAUAAAAGUAUUACGUCAAGUUAAAUAAUGCAAAAAUGAUAGAAGAGUAUAUGCAUUAUUCUAGUGCAUUUUCAGCAAAUGUUUUUGCCAUCUGUCCAUUCCACUUCAAUAUUAAUCACAUUAUGCUCAAUCUUAUAAAUUAUAUGGAUGCCCUUAGAUCAUAGUAAACCACAUUAUUCGAUAUAACUUGGAUUUUGAGGGGUAGAGUCCAAAAAGAUUUACCAGCCGAAUUAGUGAAGAAUGAAUUUUUGCAUAAGGUGAUGUUGAAAGUUGAGAAGUAAUUUGAUGGACAGUAUAAGUUGCUAGAAGAAUUACGUUAAAAGGCAUAAGAAACUAAUUGGUAUUAAUUGAAUGUAUACAAUAUAGGAUUUGGAUGGAAGCAUUUUGUUUGAUAAAAAUGAAACGAGUGCCUGAAGCAUUGUAUUUAUAUCUAAGACAUCCCGAUCCAUUGUUAUCUGAGCGUGUGUUUACAGCCUUAGCAGUACAAUUCAGAUCAAAACAACAAGAUGAAUUCGUGUAAGAUUGGAUUUAUAAGAAUUUGGCUUUGCUUGCUGCUGAAAACUCGCAUAAAUUAUUUUAGUUGCUUUAUACAUAUAAGAAGGAUGACUUACAGGAAGUUUUCAAAGAGCUGAAAUAAGUGGGAGUAGUGUAAGUAGAUCAAAAAAUAAAGAACUAACAUUAAAUGGAUCUCCUAGGUGGAUUUGUAGAAUAUCUGAAACCAAGAAUGUAGAUAGAUGAGAAUCUACUUAAGAUUUGAAAGAUAAAUUAUUUGUAUAUGCAUUCCGAU